AUGAAGGCUGCUUUCAUUACUGCCCUCGCGGCCCUUGCCACCUCAGUGGUCGCUGCUCCUACCAAGAUUACCUCCACCGUCGACUCUGUCACUUCGGCCCUGCCUCUGAACUUGGACUCCGUUACCGACAAGGUCACUUCUGCAGCCUCCGGUGGACAUGUCGUCCAGGACCUUGGCCCUGAGGUUCGCGACGUCCUUGAAGUCACUGGCCCCAACGCCGAGCGCCUCCUGAUCCAGCUCAGCCCUGAAGUUGCUGGCCUUCUAUCUAGCCUUGGUCUCCCUGCUCUGGGCGGCCCCGUCGGCUCCAUCGUCGCCAGUGCGAGCUCUGUUGGUGAGCUUGUCAAGGGCCUCGGCCCUCACACUGAGAACCUUCUUACCGUCGUCGGUGAGGGUGGCCAGUACGUUCUCAUCCAGCUCUCCGGAGGCCUUUCUGGUCUCCUUUCUGGCCUUGGUCUCCCCGCCGUUGGGACCCCUGUUGGCUCCAUUGUCGCCACUCUUGGCAACAACUUGAAGCGCGACGAGAUUGUUCAGGAUCUUGCUCCUCAGGUUCAGGAUAUCCUCGAGGUCACCGGCACCAACGCUGAGCGCCUCCUUCUCCAGCUCAGCCCCGAGGCUGCUGCUCUUGUCUCUGGUCUCAGUCUUCCCAUUGGCGCGCCCGUUGGUGAGGUUGUUGCCAGCGCCAGCUCUGUAGGCGAACUCCCCAAGGACCUCGGAAAGCCCGUUCACGAUCUUAUCACUGUCGUCGGUGCCGAUGGCUCUGCCCUUCUCGUCAAGCUCGCUCCUUCCGUUGCCUCCCUUGUCUCCGGCCUCGGACUCGCUGGCGUCGGCCAGUCUGUCGGCUCUAUCGUUGCCACCCUUGGUAACAACCUCUAA